AUGCCAGACAUAACCACCCUGGAUAGUCAUCGCGAUACAGUCGACGAGUCAGCCGCACGUGAUGCGAUCCCAGGACACCCUUUAGGCGUUAAGCCCAGUGGCAAUGCCCUCUUCGCCGCUGAGAACCUGCGAAGCGCGAUUGGCACGCUCGGCUUGGUACCCGACGAGCUGAUCCUGAUACUAUUGGAGUUCCUGGACUGCCGCAGCCUCCUGCAGUUGGGCCAGACAUGCAAGGCAUUCGCUGCCUUUACCAGGACAGAGGAUCUAUGGAAGACGCUCUUCAUCCGGUCUCCUCCUGCAAUGUUUACUUGGAGAGGAACAUGGCGUGCCACGUACCUGAACUUACCGCAGUCCAAAGUCGCUUCCCUAGACUGCUCGAGCCUGUUCUCAGACGCCCUACACCGCCCAUUCUACUGCGCGCACAUUUCGCUGGAGCCAUUUGCAUCCAACAUUCCAGCUCGGAACCAAAUCACCCGGCUACCAAACCUAUCUGCGGAAGAAUUCCAGGAGGAAUGGUCUGAUACUCCCUUUAUCUUGACGGAGCCUGUGAAGGAAUGGCCUGUAUACCAUCAAUGGUCGGUCGAGACACUACUGCCAAAGCAUGGAGAGACCCUCUUCCGAGCAGAGGCAGUCGACUGGCCUUUUCGGACAUACGUGGAUUACAUGAAGAACAACUCGGACGAAAGCCCUCUAUAUCUCUUUGACAAGGAAUUUGUCUCCAAGAUGGGUCUUAAGGUCGGCCCGCCAAACGAGGAACCAGGGACGGCUUACUGGCCACCACCGUGCUUCGGCGAGGACUUCUUUUCGGUGUUGGGCAAUGAUAGACCGGACAGACAAUGGCUUAUUAUCGGACCUAAACGUUCCGGAAGUACUUUCCACAAGGAUCCCAAUGCGACCAGCGCGUGGAACGCGGUCAUCCGUGGCUCCAAGUACUGGAUCAUGUUCCCAUCGUCAUCAAAGCUCCCUCCCCCGCCCGGCGUCUACGUCUCGGAGGACCAAAGCGAAGUGACCUCUCCAUUGAGUAUCGCGGAGUGGCUGCUGGGUUUCCAUGCCGAGGCUCGCCGUACACAAGGCUGCAUUGAGGGAAUCUGCGCGGAAGGAGAGAUCCUCCAUGUACCCUCUGGAUGGUGGCAUCUGGUUGUCAAUCUGGAACCUGCCAUCGCGCUUACGCAGAACUUCAUUCCACGUGCACACUUGACUGCCGCUCUGGACUUCCUUUCCAACAAAGCAGACCAGGUCUCCGGGUUCCGGAAGGACGUGAGCAACCCAUACGAACGUUUCGUGGCCAAAAUGCAAGCAUCCCACCCAGAAUCACUCCAAAGUGCUCUAGAUGAGCUAAAGAAGAAGGCCGAGGGCAGAAAGCGCAAAUGGGACGAGAUUGUCCACGGGAAACCGGACACAAAUGAUGCUAACACUGAGUCCGGGACCGGUGGAUUCAGCUUCGGAUUUGGUGGCGAUGAUAGUGACGCAGAAAUUCCAUGA